ACUCUUUUACUGUCAGGGUCACCUGUAGAGAAGGUGUACAAACGCGUCCUGAGUGGGGCUUGGUCGCCUGAGUGUCGUUUUCAUUCGGUACUUUUGUCAAUAGUGUUUCGAGGUUCCGUUCUCUGUACUAGACAACUGGUUGGACCUCCUUCAGAUCUUGACCAGAACGAAGGUCGCGUUGACCUUCAGUUUAUUUGUGAAUUCGUAGUUAUUCGAGUCAACUUUGUAGUUUAUAGAGUCUUAGUGUAAACAAUCGUAAGUUUGUUCGUUAACUGUAAAUUGCUUGAGUGGUUUAAAUGCCUCUACCAGAAGCUAAUAAUGUUCAGUGAUGGAGGUGUCACCUCUUGGAAUGAAGUAAUCCUUGCUUUGAUCAAAAGUGCCUCUGUUCCACUGGCACUCAUUCUCGGUGGUGAACACCCAACCUCUACGCUGCUUUGAAUCUCUGUUGCGUUUAAUAUUUGCCCCCCCCCCCCCCCCCCCACAAGAGAAAAUGAAACUGAAGAAAAAGUUAAGUGUUAUAUGGAGGACCCAGUCUGAUUCUCAAUUGGCCCACAAAAGGAAGAACGCUGGGCUGGACGUGGCUGCUGAAUUAUGGUCUCGGAGCGUAGUCAUGGAGGACGGGGCGAGCGUCAGCUCGGCCUCGGGCUCCGCCGGAGCCGGAUCGUCCUCGGCCUCGAGCGUCGGUGAGGAAGUGGUGCUGAGGAUCAACGUGCCCGAACUGAAAGUCGAGAAGUGCCUGCAGUUCCACAAGGAUGACCUCGUCUGGGACGUCAAGCAGCAGGCCCUCGCUGCGCUGCCCAAGGUGGCGCUGUGGUACCGGGAACUCCGAGAGAGCUUCAACUACGGUCUCUUCUGCCCACCUCAGAAUGGGCGGGCGGGGAAGUUCCUGGACGAGGAGAGGCCCUUGGGCGACUACCCACUCGCCACGCCCAUAGGAUAUCUGGAGCUGAAGUAUAAGCGGCGUGUAUACAAGAUGCUUCACCUGGAGGAGAAGGCGCUGAGGGCGCUGCACACACGGGCCAACCUGAGGCGAUUUUUGGACUACGUCAAGGAGAACAACGUUGAGAAAGUCAGCAAGAUGUGCGCCAAGGGACUCGACCCGAAUUUCCACUGUCAGGACACUGGGGAGACGCCGCUGUCCUUGGCAGCCCGAAUCAAGAAACCGUCCCGUAUGAUGAUGUCAAUGGUGAACGGAGGAGCGCUCCUGGACUACAGAACCAAGGACGGAGUCACGGCAAUGCACAGAGCCGUCCAAGCCAACAAUUUCGAAGCUGUCAAGACGCUCCUAGACUUGGGAGCAUCGCCAAACUACAGAGAUUCAAGGGGACUGACUCCCCUGUAUUACUCUGUAACCCACUGCACAGACCCUUUGCUCUGUGAGGCUCUUCUCCACGAUUAUGCUGUGAUAGGCGCUGCUGACAACCAAGGGUGGCAAGAAACGCAUCAGGCAUGUCGUAACAAGCUGGUGCAACACUUGGAACAUCUCCUCUUCUAUGGUGCUGAUAUGAAUGCUCAGAACGCCUCUGGCAACACGCCACUCCACGUGUGUGCUGUCAACAAUCUGGAGGACUGCGCUCGUGUCUUACUUUUUCGAGGGUGCGACAAGAAUGCCCUGAAUUACGCUAAUCAAACUCCUUACCAGGUUGCAGUUAUUGCUGGUAAUAUGGAGCUUGGUGAGGUUAUAAAAAAUCACAACUUGGAGGACGUUGUUCCGUUUAAGGAGCCCCCUAAGUACAAUCCAAACAGACGCAUCUCUGGUGCUCCUCUCUCUCGAACCCACUCGGAUCCUAGACUAGAUGUGUGCGCAGUGACCAAACCGCCAUCACCGUCCCCCUCCAGUAGAUCUAUUCCACCGUUCAGCUCUGCUUCCUCGCUAAGUGAAACGUCGACUGGAAGCAGCUCGACUUGUACGCAUCCGAGCGAAAUGGAUUCUGAGGAAUGUGCGAGUGCUUUGGGCUCGGCCAGUCUCAAUGCUGUAGCAGGUAUGGACUGCUGCGACAUGGUGAGUGAUAGCUCGGGCGUCUGCACCUCGAACAGCGGUAGUGCAGAGAGUUACGAUGCCACUCCCACGGAUGUCACCCAGUUCGAAGUUGGGAUGCUGGUUGUGUGUCUUCACCAGUACACUCCACAUAAACCAGGGCACUUGGAUAUUAAUGCUGGAGAUAUUUUAGAAGUAACCGGAAGCACGGAUGACGGAAUGCUCGAGGGAACAAUCCGAGGUGUCUCGGGAGUGUUCCCGCCCCAGUGCGUCCAGGAGGUGCGUUUACGGAACCCUCAGGCCAUUCGGGAAUCGCUUAUCGCCCCUCAGGUAGCGAGGGUUCAGGGGAGGAGAGAGAUGAUGGUGCAUCAGCACUACGGCACAGCUCCGAGACUUAGAAAGACAGCCAACGAACCUCGGACAGUCGUUCUUCAUAGAGGUAAGAAAGGAUUUGGCUUCGUCCUACGAGGAGCCAAAGCUACUUCGCCAUUGAUGGAAAGGCCCAAUGAACGUGGGCCAGCCCUCCAGUACCUAGAUGAUGUAGAUCCUGGUGGAGUUGCUGAUUUAGCAGGGCUGAAGAAAGGAGAUUACUUACUCAAGAUCAACGGAGAGGACGUGUCGCAGGCUUCACACGAACACGUCGUCACGUUAAUCCGGAAGUCAGGGGACUUGGUGCAGAUGAUGGUGGUCACUCCGACGCCCGUCACCUUCUUACCUCACAAGCCGCCCAUCGGCAACCUGGGAACAAUCAGACGUGGGUGCCAGACCCUGCCCCGCAAGCUCCAUGCAGUGCGGUCGUCCCAAGCCCCCCCUGCACCCCCCCCAAGAGACCCCAGAACAACCUUAAGUGUUGGGAGGGCAAGAGCUAAGUCUAUGGUGGCAGGACUUCAGGACAUUGAAGCACUGGAUGCCAGCAUGCGGGAGAACGGGGACUUGAUGUCUCGCUCCGCCUGCCAAUUCCAGAGCGGGAGUCCGUACGGAGCGAGCCCUAUCAGUGGCAGUCAGUAUGGCACCCCGCAAGGCACUCCCACCCUGGGCACCCCCGUGGGGACCCUUAAACUUGCAUCCAUCAAAGCGAGACCAUCUUCCAAACGCAUGACAGCAAAUGAGGUCGAGGACAUCCUUAAUCAGUCCUCCGGCUCGCUUCCCUCUUCGCCUCCUGCGACCCCAACGGGCCGUCCGCCACGUGUGUAUGCCAGUGUGGCCGAGAUGAAGAAAGCUAAGCAGCCUCUACAUACCUUAGAAGGUCUGGGGAUGUCUUUCAAAACUUUUUUCCAACCGAUGUUUCCGGCCCUGAAAGCAAGGCAAGCACUGGACCUCAGCAGACUGCACAAGGAUUACCAUUCCACUCCAGAUUUGAAGGUCGGGGUCAUGGGAUCCCAAGCGGAGUUAACCAUAGAGGAGAAGCGCAAGUCUGUUUCGCAGGAAGACCUCUUCGUCACAACAUUAAACGAACGGAAUUCACGACACUCCCUUGCGUGUCCGCCACACCGCUCGACCAUGCUAGAGAGGACCACGGCGCAGUCUCCCGAGUCUAAGGAUUCUUGGCAGAGUGGCGAGGAGGGAACUGAGGAGGAAAGCAGUGACUCUCCUAACUGUUCUCCAGGUUCCAUGGAUUACAGACUUCUCAGGAGAUCCCAGUCGGCUGUCAACUCCAACAUGCUUCGUAAAGCAGGCCUUCAUCCUCCGCCAACGCAUCCUCCGCCGCCACCUCCGCUUGGACAGCUUGUGAAGGUUGACAUAAGCAGGUCAAAGAGUGAUUACGCAGCCGUCGGACUAGCGGCUUCAACUACAGAUGCAGCUCCUCUCUCCCCUGGUGUUCAGUCUAGCUUCCGCCCUACUGAUUGCGCCAAGCUUUACGCCUCUCCAGAAGAAAUUAAAGCGGUUGGAUACCGUAGUCCUGACAUGAUGGCAGCUUUGAAUCGCAAGAAUGGUGGCACCGCAAAAACGCGCUCCCAGAGUCUGCCACCGAGCACAAACAGACCUAGUGUUCAGAAAGGAUCGCCCGAGAAGGAGACUUCCUUAGAUUCAGGAAUAUAUUCCACAACUUACUCAACAUUCAGGGGAACAGAAGGCGAGACAAAGAUGAGAGAGAUGACAUCCCCAACCUGUGCCCAGAAGGCCCCAAUCAGUGAUGCAGUUACUUAUGCUAGACCAAAGAAUAAUAAAUCUGUGCAAGAGCAAAAGGAAUCUUGUUCUCCAAAUAAGGCUUACACUGGGCCUGGAUCCGUCGCCUCAUCUGUGCCAGACAUUCCCGAGCCUGAUUAUAGUUCUGAUGAAGACCACACCUAUAAUUCCCAAGAUGAUUCACAGAGCAAAAAGACGAGAACUCUGAAGAAGAAAAAGCAGUCAGUUGAUUUCUCACCCAACCUCGUAACUUCCAUAUCAGACCCCUCUGAUAUUCCCCACUAUGCAGCACCUUCAAAGAACCCAACUCCUCUUAACAGUAACUUCAAAGACUUGAUUGCUCAGAAAGCAGCUGAGAGACAGGCUAGACAAGAUGACGGAGGAAGCGACGGGUCAAAAUCCAUGACUUCGAGUCCAGUGAAGAAGGUCAACGGCGAGAACGGUAACGGCAAAGCAAUUUCUGAUGCUAUUCAGGAAUCUGCUCUCUUCAAUCGCCAAAAGGAGAAGACUGUUCCGAGCGGAACGAAAGCUAAGCCAGUUCCCGCAUUGCCUCGGGACGAUUCAAAGUCUCUCCUCAUCAUGAAAAACUCCCAGUCCUGUCCAAAUGAUUUUAACAUAGAAGAUGGAGAUAACUCGUCGAGUGGAGUUAGUUCUGACCAAGAUGUUCAUCCAGAGUCAAGUUAUGUGACUGUCAUAAAUACAGAGUCUGAUACAAUCUCAGGAAGUAAAAAUGAAAGGUUCGCCAGGCACGGAACUCGGGACGACAGCUCAGAAGCUUCCGAGAGCUCCGACGAAGCUAGCGAUCGCACUUGGAUUCUCACGAACGAAAAGGGCGACAAGAGUGAUUCCAGCAAAGACAGUGAUAGCAACGGUGCCAGGAGGACUGGAACUCUUACAAGAAAUGCCGUUUCACUGGUGAAACUCCCUCCACCUCAAGAGACCACCGAACCCGAUUUAGACACAGAACUGGAUGCUAGUCAGAGUCGAAACCUCACACGUUCUGUAGACCAAGACACAAUCAGCACUCUUUCCUCUUUGAGUAGCCUGUCAUCUGGCUCUGGGAGUACCGCAGAGAGAGAGAUUCCGCAUCACCACCACGCAAGCGCCGCCAUGCAGAUGCGAGCGACCUUGCCCAGAAUGCCCCAUGCGGCGACCAUCACCAGAGGUAGCUCAGUGCCGCCAGCCAGCCAGGCCAUCAAGAGUACGAUGGGGGGAACUCUCAACAGAAGCCGAUCAGCCUCGAGAGACCCCCACUGGGGUGCUGAAAGUGAGCCCAUAACAGUGAGAGAGAAAAGUGCACCGCCUACCUCUCGCGCAUCCGCAGCGGAUAGGAAUGCGUACAAAAAGACGACCAACGUGGACACAGGGGAGACAGAGUACGAGCGGAGCAUCGAGGAGUCCCUCCAGCUGAUACGAAUGCACAUGGAUUCCCUCAACGAGGUCAACACGCUAGCAGGCGUGCCGGCCCGAGAACAAGCGGCGGGAGAGAUGGUCUUGGCACCGCCCCCAGAAUUUUGCGACAUGUCGCUAGCCGAAUCACAGAACAAACGGAACAAGACGGUCAUUCAGAUCUCCAACGAUGACUACGACCCAUCUGUCAGAAUACUCGGGAACCAGAACAGUGGUGACAGUGACGAGGUGCCAGGAUUCAGAAACAAAACCCUGACAGAGUGGACGACGCGUGACACGACCGAGUGGCUGGAAAGCAUCUUUAUGCCAGAGUACAAAGACUCCUUUGAGGAACAGGAUAUCGAUGGUAGAAAACUGAUGGGUAUAAACAAUGACACCCUUAUCAAUUUGGGGGUUAGAAGGGUUGGACAUCGAGUCAACAUGGAAAAGUCCUUGAAAAGAUACAAACCCACAGAGAGGAUUGACCUCUGAAUUAAUUGUAAGCGCUGACUCGGUCAAAUCUACGAGGAAAAUGAAAAUCUCUUAAAAUUUUGCAGAGGAUCGAGAGAGAGAGAGAAUGAAAGCAGUUGUUUAUACAUCGAUUAAGUCCUCAGGUGUGACAGGAGAUGAUUUACCAGUGUAGUCUAAAGAGAAUAGCCUAUAUUUUUUUCCAUGAAUUGCGAGGAAUCAUCAGAUAUCACUUGACCCCUCAUUUUCAUGUGGUUGAUGUAUGAGGUGUUUUGCAUCGUUUUUCACUCAGACGUCCAACUUGUUGACUAUAUAUAUGAAUCGUUUAAGUACUCUUAAGUCUAUUGUGUAAGACCAGAAAAAUUUUAACCUUCUAAAAUUUCAAUGGUUGCCGUCUGUGAUUUUGAAUUUUCUCAAGGUCAGGUCUAUUGGCAUUCGUAGAUUUUAAGCUUAUGUAGGUGUUCGCCUAUGACACCCUCUCACCAAGUCUUUGUCACGUAUGAACAUGUUCACUGAAAUCUGCUGGACUUAGCAGUCUCAGGACACCAGUGGGAAUAGAUUUGUAAAAGGUAAGUAGCUCUUAUUUUUCGAAGUGUUCGGAUGUAUUUGAUGUGUAAUAACCUGUUAAGAUAAGGGGAUUGUGUAUAUAUAAUAAUACAAUAUUACAAUAGAGAAAACAGUUUCUUGGUGGUCAUUCCGAUUCUGACGCCUUGAUCUUUGCCCCGAAGAAGAUCUCCUGAGACGAGGGCACUGCGUCUGCCUGACGAUCGAAAACGUCCAGGUACCGAAACGUCAGAAGAUUGUUACGCGUAUGCGUCUGAUCACGUAAUCUGCAUGCUAAAUAGUCACAAUACUCAUUGUCUGUUGUCAUUUACAAACACUUUUUAUACCUGUACUAUUUUAUAUAUAAAUGCAAUAUAUAUACAGCAUAGAUAUGUAUUAAACUGCUGCUGAUAUUCAAUGACUUCUGGAGAAAUCCUGAGCAAUGGUGUAAAAUGUAUGAAUGUAUGUACAAAAAUGUUUAUAGUGUAUAUAAUGUAGUCAAAUUGUAAUUUCAUUUGACACGAUCAUGCAUAAAUGUAUAUAUAUAUAUACAGUAUAUAUAUUUGGUUCUUUUGCUAAGUAAAUAUUGUCCACACUUUCUGCCAACCCAUUUCAUUGUGCCAAAUGCUUCAGUGAUUGAAGAAUCGUCUCUACUACAAAAAAAAAAAAAAGUACAGUUAGUCGUAUGGAGAAUUAUUCUUUGUGUGAACACCUUUUUCGCUCUCGCCAGGGUAGUGUCGUUGCUGGUCUUGUAAAUGAGUGUGCGAGUGUGUCCUCUUCUUUUUUUUUUAUUUAAGAAGGAAAAAUAUGAUUUGUUCGGACAUACGUUUCAAGGAGAUGUUUAGACCCCCGGAGGAAGGUUAUAGAGAAGGAGGAGGAAAGAGAGGGUCACCCAUUUGUAUGUGUUCUUUUGUAUAAAUUCUUUUGUAUUAAUGUUUCCUCCUGCAGGCAGAGUGGUCAUUUCCUAAAGUUACUCCUGUUUUUGUUUUUUCUUUUUGGAGAGAUGUGAUGUGAUGUGUGUUGGGGGACUUCUUCGUGACCUCUUUGACAAUAUACAGAUGUGAAACAGGGUCCAAUCUUAUGGUCCGCGAGGAGGAUUUCAUAACAUUACCAUUUGCGUCUGACUCUCAUAACUAAAUCUGCCGGGGCGGGAGGGGGACGUUGCUAUUCUCUCCUUCUGCUCGUCACUUUUUAGUUGUGCGAGCCAGAAAUUUUGGGUAGACGACACUUGGCAACGUGAAUCAGACUGAGGGCAGUGAUAGGUGUAAUCUAAGUGCAGGGCAGUUUCCAUUAGCUAUUCAAAGUGUUAAUCAGAUUGUUGGUUGAAUUCCACUUCAAAGUGUGCUUCUCACAUACACACACACACACACACACAAGCGUCAUUCUUAGUAAGUUAAAAACGUAGGGCUGAAUUGGAUUUGGUGCAGCUGUUUCAAGACUGAAACUAAACGCAGCAGUAAUCCCCAAGUGGGAGGGACACUUUGAAGUGACAGUUUCUAGCGCGUCAGAAGAUCUUGGCAGCUUUCAAACCGGUAGCAUUCUUCAGUAAAGCUUUUUGCUCUGUGUUAAAAAAGGAAUUCUAGAAUGAGAGAGAGAUAUAUAUCUAUAUAUUUGGUGCUUUUGGUACGGCAAACGACAAUUCACAAGCGUCAUUCUUAACACAUUGUGAGCUUUCGACUUUCAUUGCAGAUAUAGACACACGAUGAAAUACAUUGUAGAUCAGUCAUUUUGUACUUCGGUUUACUCGUACAUUUUUUAUUUUGUCCUGUGGCAGUUGGCAAAAUUCACAGAGUAACUACAGGCUUAUUGAAACGAUGCAGAAGCAGAAGCUCUCACAGCGAGAGCCGAUCCGGACACCAGCAUAAAGCAUUUCGGGGAAAUCCAUUGACACUGUCCUAACACUCCCAUCUAGUCUUGUCCGUAGUAGGAGCUAACUACAGUAUUUCUCUCUGCGGAUUUUUUCCUAAAUACAAAAUUGUUUACAAAUUUUAAUUAUUUAUCCAGAGAUAUGUAUGUGCAACUGUGCUCAAUAAAGUUUAAUACUUUUAA